AAGGAUGCUUGCUUUUUUUUUUUUUUUUUUUUUUUUUUUUUUUUUUUUUUUUUUUUCACGGGGAAAUAGAGAAACAGCUCUUACAAGACUUGGAAAGAGCAAGUCAGAACUGAAAACAAAUGAUGUGCAGGUGAUGUAAAGUUGAAGUAAUAAUAUUGCAUAUUGAUAAAUCCCACAAAAAUCCCAAGUGAACUACGUUUUUAGUAGAUUUUGUGUCAUUUGUUUCUUAAGGAUUAAUGAAACUUUCUUACAUUACUGCUUUGAACAACUAUGCUACCUGACAGGCAAGUUAAAAGCAUUUUAUAAACCUGGAAUGGAGAAGCACUGAGUGCAGUGGUAUCUCCCUUCCUUCCCCUGGUAUACCUCCCAACACAGCUUGUUCCAAAGUAGUGUGCUGUGCUAAUGGCAGCAUUUAAGAAGAUUCUUUUCAUGAAUUUAUUGUAACAUGGCUAACACAUCUGCUUCAUGUUGAAGUGUGGUUUUUAGACUCUAAGGACAGUUCUCUGUGUGUUCAUCAGUGUAAAUGUAAGGCUUCGGUAAUGCAUAUUGACACAGAUUUAUUAAAAUAUGAAUUCUCGUUGACUUUGGGACUGAGAGGAGGGAGGAAUGGCAGAAAAAAACACAUAGAAAGAAACUUUCUGGGGGGGCUCUUUUAAGUGCAGUUUUGAUAUUCAGAUAUGGCUAUGAAUAGAUGGAACAGCCUUCUGAACUUUAUGCCCCUUUAAAAAUUAAGUGGCCUGCCUAUUUUCUGUUUCAGUAAAGUAAAAUUAUUCAUGAAGAGAAAUGUCAGUUGUACCAGUCUUAUAAUUAAUUUUCAGUUUUAAUAACAUUAACAGGAUUCUUCACUCACUGUUUGUCAUUUAUACAGAUAGGUCGUAUAUUGCAUGUGUGUGCAUUUGAAAUUCUGUAGGUAUCUUGAGAGGGUAACAGCUUUUUUUCUGGUUCUAGAACACACACACAUGCAUGCACACACAUUUAUACAUGGUACCUUCUCAAGACAGCUAGACUAUUUUAAAUUAUGCAUAUAUAUGAACAUGUAUAUUUAUAUUUGCCAGACAGUCCAAGGGUAUAAAUUGACAUCAUAGAUACAUGUGUGGAAAUUUUCUGCAUUCAGUGAUGCAGAUUACUUUACAAACACAUUCAUCCCUGUAACCUUUUGUUUGCCUUUUGCUCAAGGAAGAGAAACAAUUUCACACAGUAUGAUCAGUAAAGUGCAGUUGUGGACAUAAUUCUAUGCAGGUGUCCAAACCAGAAUUAUAUAUCCACUGACUGUAAAAUAGUAACUUGUAAUAAACAAUUCUGCUACAUAUUUGAUGUCUCCUCCUUUUUACUGUAUCACUCUGCAUUUUCCUUAACAGUGUUAUGUCUUUAUGCUUAGCUUUUUCCCUCUUUUAUUUUGCUUACAGUCUGUCUGCAUGCAAGAAAUUCAGACUCAUUGAAACAUAUUUUUCUUUUAAGUUGUUUCAAAGAAUUACCCUGUAUGUUUUAUUUUGCUGCUCACACAUUAGCUUUUUCAACCAAAGCACAGAUAAAAAGCAAAGAGGCAUAAAAUAAUGCUAUGAGAAAUAGUAAAUACUAGAAAAUAAAAAAUAUACAAUGAACAGCAUUUGGCUGUCUGUAUUGAAAAGUGAGGCUCAUAUCACUCUAUUAAUGCUGGUCCAGAGUUCCUUUGAUCAUGUUUGAAGAGUUGCAUUUGUCUGGGAAUGUUUGGAGGGUGGAUAUGGGUCGACUUCAAGGAACACUUGCUUUUAUGUUUGUAUAUUCAUAAAAUUUAAAAUUCAGAUGUGUUUCUUGUGUUAUAGAAAUGCAUAUAGCUGAUGGAUUAGAUUCAUUGUUUCCUGUUAAAAUAUUAGCAAUAACUUUCAUGAACAAGACACAGUGACAUAGAUUUUGCUGUGCAAAAGAUAGUGUCUGAACAGAUGGAAGUGCAACAAGUAGGGUUUGUCAGAAAAUUCCAGAGAGGAAGAUAAUAGUGUUUGGCAUCAGUUUUGAGUCACAAUGGAUUGGAGUGGUUUGCAGGGAUUUUUGUUUGUUUGACUUGUGCUUUUUUAUGGUGGGGAAGAUGGACAAUAAGGGUCUUUCAGGAAGAAAUAUUAAUUACAAGUGGCAUUUCUGCACUGGCAUUAUGCCUGUUAUAAUACCUAACUUUGCACUAUCAGACACACCACAAUGCUUGUAUCAAAUUUUCUAGAGAAUACACUGAAGGCGUUCAGAGCUCUCAGACAAUGGGCUAAAUCUGAAAGACUUGCAGGAAAAAAAAAAUCAAAUUGAACCCAUAUAUUGCAAGAUCAUAUUGUUCUGAGAGAAGAAACAAAUCUUGGAAAGGCAACUUUAUCAGCAUUCAUAGCACUAAGAAGUGGCCCAGUUCCUGUGCUGCCAGCUCCAGAACUGACGUCAUCUGUCCACCAUGACAUACUGGACCACUCAGACUGGCACACAAAUACUGAGCAGCUGCCUCACACAAAUCUAGUUGCAUAUCUCUAGCAAAAGAAAGACUCUAGUCAGAGAUAUGAAUGGUUAUUCACCCAUUUGCAAAAAGAAAUGCAGUGUCCUAGGCAGCAAACAGCAAGCAUCAUACAUUCACUGAUGAGCAAAGUGAUAAUGAGGAAACCACAGGGAAUUGUGUUGAUAGGAAAUGGGUAAAUAUUGGGGGUCUGUUCAACUCAACCCACUGGUUCCAGGGAGGACACUUGACAAAGCUCACAUCUUGCACACAGCUCCAGUUGUCUAUGAAAAUUGGUUUAUUUUUUUUUUUCUCUGAUUUUUUUGUCUGCUACAAGUCUGAGAGAAAGGGAACUGAGUCCUGGAUCUCUGCUCUGCCUCUCCAGAGUGUCAGCUGCACUGGAAUGACUGAAGUUAGGUUGUUGUGCUCCUGCUUUUAGGCUCUGGGAUAUGACAAGGAAGAUAUACACAGGUCACACCAAUUUUUGUGUUUCUUUCAGUUGUACUGGAUCCAAAAAGGGCCAUUGUUAAGGAAUAGACAGUAUAGAAAUAUCUUUGAUCCCUGCCUAGACUGAGUGAAUUAGCUAAAUGGUGAAUAUCUCGCAUUGUGCUAUCAUUAUUGUUCAUCAUUGUGACAGGCCGGAAAGAGCAAACAUAAUAAUUAAUACUCAGCAUCGUGAUAAUGCCAUUGUGCCCCGGCUUUAAAUUGUUUAAAUGAAGCUUCUCUUUUAUUUAAGUAACUCCCUGUUAAUUCUGUUAAAUCUUUCUUUUCUUUAGUCUUGAAUCAACUUUUCAAUAGAGACAUCUUGUAUCCUCUGGUGAAGUGGGCUUAAAGGCAGGGAAUGUCUGUGUAUAUGUGUGUGUCACUCCAUUUCAAGUACUCAUUGUAGAGUACAGCUAUGACUGAAUUAUUUUACUCAAAUAUCAGAUAAAAUUAUCCAGUUAAACAUUAUUGUACACAUACAUUUUGUAUAUGUACAAUGUAUUGUUUAUAUGUAGAUUAAAGCAUUAAUCUAUUUAUGGAAUGUUUAAAGAAAUAUAUUGAGCUACUUUUCAUGGAGUCAUAGAAUGUUUUGGUUUGGAGGCGACAUCAAAGAUCAUCUAGUUCCAACCCUCCUGCCAAAGUCAGUGACAUUGUCCACUAGACCAGAUUGUUCAAAGCCCCAUCCAACCUGGCCUCGGAUUUCCACUUUUUUUGUUUUGCAUUUUCAGAAAUGCAGUUUUUUAUUCCAGUUGAACAACAGUUACUAGCCACAAUAGUCUAUCUGAUGUGGUUUCCUUUAUGAAGAGAUACUAGUGCUCAUUUUCAGUGUGAAAAUUGCAAUUUCAGCUUUUAUCUAUGUAUUUUCCUGAAUAUAUAGUAAUGAAUUCAUAAGUGUGGAAGCAUAGUGUGUCAAACAGCACACUCCUUCCUUUGUACCACUUGCUUGAAAAUGCACUGUGUGUUAGACCUGCUUUUGAAAAUCCGAAUAAUCAAAGACAUAAUAUAUUAUAAAGAAAAAUACCUGGAAAUAUCAAUGUUCCUGUAGAAAUACAUCCAUAUAAAUUUUAUCUUUAUUUGAUAGUGCGGUUCAUGGGUGGUUGAGAUAAAACUACAUUCCUCACUGUGAAUCACUGCCCAGGGGAUUUGUGAACCCUCCAGCAUCAGGAGGGUUCAUAAUGCUCAAAUGGACAAGGCCCUUCAGACCUGUCUCUUCUUUUGUUGAGAAUUGUAGCGGGCACCUUGGUGAGAAUGGGAUUGAAUGGGUGUAGAAGGACCAAAGCAACCAUGCAAGGAGGACUGUGAGAAUGGCACCCAGAUGAGGUCAUCGAGAUAACAGCGCACAUCUGACCUUCCAGGGACACCCACUUCAGGAGACAGUUUUUGCCCAUGUGGAGAAGAAAAGGCAUUUCUUGUGUUGCCCACAAGUGAACCUUUCCAAGAAGUUCUUUUUUGUGGAAGAUGGAUGCCUGGCUCAGAGUAAAGGACAUGCAGUGCACAGUCCCUAGCAGAAGCUGAAAAUGGAUGAUGUCUACUGAUGCUUUGCGAUGAUGUCAUCUCCUCUUUUUUUGUUUGAGAUGGGUGAUAGGAAAAGGUUCUAAAAUAAGACUGAGCGACUCCUUCAUCCCUUGACUUCUCUCUCCACGGGCCUGAAAGCCAUCUGAGGAAAUGACCACUCAACUACCAGAGGAGUCCAUGGAGACCCAGAGCUCAGACGAGCUUGAGUGCAAGAUCUGUUACAACCGCUAUAACCUGCGGCAGAGAAAACCAAAAGUGCUGGAGUGCUGUCACAGAGUGUGUGCCAAAUGCCUUUGCAAGAUCAUAGACUUUGGUGACUCCCCGCAAGGAGUCAUAGUGUGCCCAUUCUGCAGGUUUGAAACGUGCCUGCCAGACGAUGAGGUUAGUAGUCUUCCUGAUGACAACAACAUCCUUCUGAAUUUAGCUUGUGGGGGAAAGGGAAAGAAGUGCCUACCAGACAACCCAACAGAACUCUUGUUGACUCCCAAAAGGCUGGCAUCUCUGGUUAGCCCUUCUCACACCUCUUCUAAUUGCCUGGUUAUAACAAUCAUGGAAGUACAAAGAGAAAGUCCCCAGACUCUGAACUCAACCCCCGUGGUGGAAUUUUACAGGCCUACAAGUUUUGACUCUGUUGCAACUGUGUCCCACAACUGGACAGUGUGGAACUGCACAUCUUUGCUCUUCCAGACCUCGAUUCGGGUGCUAGUGUGGUUGCUAGGGCUGCUGUACUUUAGCUCCUUGCCUUUAGGGAUUUAUUUACUGGUAUCCAAGAAAGUCACCCUUGGGGUUGUCUUUGUAAGCCUUGUUCCUUCGAGCCUUGUUAUUCUCAUGAUUUAUGGCUUUUGCCAAUGUGUUUGCCAUGAAGUUCUAGACUGCAUGUCAUCUUGAUAAAAAAUAUGGUAAAAUAAGGUGUAUUACCAGAUGUGUAGCAUAGUUGAUUUAUCCUGUUUUUGUAUUCUUUGUAUUCUUAUUUAUUCUUAUUGUCCAUCCCACUAAAUUCAAGCAGUGGCCCUAGUUACAUGGUCCCUUUUUUUCCAACUGAAUUUGACACCCCUCACCCCAAGCAUUUUUUGAGCUAAGAACUGGAAAUAAAAAUUACAGGUUGAUUUUAAAGGGCUGAAUAUUAGAAAGGGAUAAAGCGAAGUUGCCAAAAUUGGUGCUUGCUGCUGCUGCCACUGUUCAAAUGAGUAGGACUUUGCUUUGUAUUGGACUGAUCAAGUCAGUUCAUGCUGUAGGAUUCACCCAAGAAGAAAUUACUGUAGCAGACACCUUCCAGAUGCAAGUACUGCAUCUCUUCACCCAAAGCAUCUCAUGCUCUGAAAUAUCUGUUAUUUCCAAUCCAUCAUCAUUUAUAGCAAAUUAAAUCACUCUACUAAUUAAUAUUAUAAGAAGAAUAAAACAAACUACCAAUUUUUUUUAGUUCUUGUUACAGCAAAAAUACUUGUGGGAGGUGGGAGGCCAACUUGUUUUUUUUUUUUUUGAAUGUUAAAAACUUGUCUCCAGAACACUUUCCCCAAAGAGAAGCCCAUUUUUUCCUUGUCAUACAAUUGCAGCUCACUGUGAAAUAUUCCUGCUAAUGAAUACUUCUGGGGACCCAGACACGUGUUUGCUGUUCUCCAGGUGCACUUAUUUCAGUGUACACACCUUAGGCUUCCCUUUGAGGGUUCAGAGCUCUGCAGAUUUCUCUAGCUAUGUUCUAUGAUGCUUACCCUCCCUCCCAGCAUUUCCACAACCACUAGUGACAAUUCCAAGCCACCAGUACUUCCUUCCUAAUGGAUGACCAACCUCAUGCACAUGUACUCUGUGGUAGCUGUGCUGGAGAAUUUGGCUUAUGUGACUUUAGCUCUCAAGAUAGACUUCUAUUCCCAACCAUUAUGAAACAGAUCUUCAAUCAGUAAUACAAAUUUGAGAAAAAAAAAAUCUGAAAUGGUUAACCGGGGUAUUGUUUGGAUGGUUUGGGUGUUUGGUUGGUUGGUUGUUUUUCUUCUGAGUUCACAGAAUGAGCACUGUAAGGAGAUAAUGUGACUUUGGGAAGAUUUCUGUUUAAGGCAUAGUCCUUCAAAAUGUUUCAAUACUCUGAAUUCUCCCUUCACCGUUGUGAGUUGAUGGCAAUGUAGAUGUGGCAAUUAGCAUGUCUCCAUUAGUGGAACUCAGAGGAAUUACUGAUACUUUACCAUUCCACAAAUAGAACCAGGCCCUGUAAGGCUUGCUUGUAUGUUGCAUGGUUUAGGCUAUUUUUUCAACUACUGGAAGAACACAAAAAUAAGUAAUAUUUAAUGUUUAUGUGUAUAACUAGGUCUAGCAACACCACAGCUGCAAACUGGUUUUCUUGUGCACAGCAGAGUGGAGUUGAGCAGUGCAAGCCUGGUUUUUGGGUCUGGCACAAGAUUUAGUUAUUUCAGGGCAGUGUAAAAGGGAGAGGGGUUUGUUGCAUGAAAAUUGAAUGUAUGGCCUAACAAUAUACUCUUAGAGCAAACACACUUCGGUAAGAAUGAAAAAAUGACAGUGGGAAAAGCAGAGCCUGUCAAGAGGAUUUGAAGUUAAGCUGGUUCAAUUUUUGUAGAUGGCACAGGUGAUAUCUGCAGUUUUGUUCCUAUUGCAAACAGAGAAAGUGUGAAAGUGUAAAGGUCCUGCUUUUCUUGACCCUCAUUUUAUAAUAGUGCGUAUAUAUGUGUGUGUAUGUACAUAUAGACACAUAUGUGAGAAGAAAACUUACAGUGAAAUUAUAGUUUUCAAGUGUAUGGAGUUAUGGAGCUAUGUAUUGAAUGAUUAAAGGAAAUGUUUCAGACUUUUCUGUAAUGACAAUAAUUAUGCCUAAAAUAUUUUCAGAAUUCCUAGAAAAUGCUGUUCCUAAGUAGUUGUUUUUAAUGUUUGUGGUAAAGCACAUGUAGUUAGAAGAGGAAUCAUCUCCAGUCAAGGUUUGACUCAUCUAUGAACUCAUAAAUUUUAAGUAUCCAACAACAAUCGUGUCAAAAAAAAAAAAAAAAAAGAAAAACAGAAACCUAUGUGGUUUUGUAGAACUUCAUAACUUUUGGAAAGAUGUAUUUGUAGUGUUAGGGUUUAUAUGUUUUAGGAUUUGUUCAAUUUGUCUGAAUAUAGUGUCUCUAAUAAAGGGCUGACUAACAGAGGUUAUAGGUUUUGCAAAUGUGUGAUAUAUAUUAAUUACCUCUGCACAACAUGCUCUACAGUGCUACCUGUUGUAAUUUCCUUUUGAUUUUCAGCUGAUUAUCUUAGCUCCAGCACCAGGUAUUUUGUCCUCUGUUUUAAAACAUAGCCUAAUUGUAGCAAAAUCACAGUGGUAUCAGUUACAAAUCACAGUAAAAAUUAAUACACCAGUUGUUAUACUUCUCUACUUUUCAGACUGCCAGCACAUUAAAUUUAUGCUGUUAUUUCAGGCUGUGCUGCAUUUCUAACCCACUCAAAGAUGCAAGCAUGCAAAAGCAUAUUGAUUGUACAGCUAUGCUGCCACUCAGCCAGAGCAUGCUAUUGCAGCUUUGGGGUCAUGAAAUAUCUAUAUGACUUACAAUAUGGCCAUUCAGAAUUGCUGGGAGAUACAUCUCAAUUAUUUGUGGAGAAGAAUUUUUGCUGUGUGACUGAGACUAGAAAAACUUCAGAUGUUACUCUUUCCUUAUUUUUAUUCUCUACCAUCCUUUAGACUUUUGUCUAAAAAAACCUGAAAAGUUUUGUGUCCUCUGCAGUAGAAUAACUGUGCUGAAAUCGAUGUAAAUGGGGCUAAAAUCAAGACUUGCAUAAUUCUCUGUCUGGUUUUCCUGCCUUUUCUCUGACUGUUUUUCUCUCCUUGGGAAGUAAUAGCUCCUGGGGCUGUAAAAUACUGCCUGCACACCAAGGCAUUUCCCUUUCAAUGGGAUUUAUUCCUGCUGUGCCCAGACAUGACUCAACCAAGUACAAAGUGCUAGAAAUUCAUUACUAUAGGAUUAAUUUAGUCCAAAUGAGAUUUUUGUUUUGUUGUGUUUUUAAUUCCUGCUUAUCCUGUGGACGCAGACCCUCUCCUUGCCAGCUGCCCAUUUACAAUAUGAUAUUGUGGUAUCCCCUGAGGGCUGGGGCAGGAUGAUGCAGGAGCAGCUGCUGGGCACAGCUGAGGAAGGAUGUGCUGAGCUGAGCCAUCCUGUGAGCAGGACUUGGUGAGGGAUGAAGCUCUGCUUGAGCCCAGAGCCCAAAGGGAAAUUAACAGAGCGUGGGUUAACAGAGUCUGUGGGCUCUUACAUAGAACCUGGGGCUGGGGUUAGGCUGACUGAGAAGCUGAGCAAAGCAGAGAGGGGGGUGCUGUCUAUGCCUGGGGCAAACGGGCUGUUUUGAAUAAAUAUUUUGGGGUAGAGCUGCUGCAAACAGUAUAAUGUUUUUCAUACUGACCCUUCUGGGGUUUAAAAUUCAUUUGGUAAUUAAAUUAAUUCACUACUGGUAUUACAGUUGAGUACAUUUACUUUCCAAAUGGCAAAAUAUUGAACUUUAUUCUAAUUUAAAUGGAUCCUCAGAUUGGGGCAUACUCCCACUGUUAUGUUAACUAUUUAAAGCUACAGAACUGGCCAAAGUAAGGGCUGGUGUCUUUGAUUUAGCUGCAUUGUGAGCUUUGGUAGGUCCUGCUAUAUUGAUUCUAGCCCCACAAAAGUGUAUAUGCUAAUAUAAAACACUUAAAAUAGGCAAACUCUUGUCCUGAUAACAUUAUUGGCAAACUUCAGAGUUGCCAAUAUUUAACAAUGUACCCAAAAAUAGACUCUUCCAAACAUACUUGAUUACCUGAAGAUACAGAUAAGUGAGUCAGAUCAUGAUGCUGAUAAUGCUAAGGGAUGGCUUUGAUCCCUGUAUGGACCAUUCACUGGAAAGCUGGACUCGAUGAUCCUUGUGGCUCCCUUCCAACUCAGAGAAUUCUUUGAUUCUGUGAAGUCCAGCAGCACAAAGCCAGAUAGACAAGCACAAAACAGGAAAACACAGCUUUCCACCUAAGUGGCUACACUUUGGCCUGAGGAAGAGGAACUGUGGAGGUUCACAGGAAGGUAGAUGAAGUUUUUGAGGGAUUCCUUGUUAUUGGGUACAAUGCCAUUGUUUUUCUUACUUUUAACCAGUUCUAGUGGUAGAUUCAACUCAUUAUUCCUCUUACUUUUCUUCCCCCUCUCAUGAAACAAGUCUACAUGAAACUGUGGAUAGGCAGUAUUUUGAAAUGAAGCAAUAUUUUCUACUACAUUGAGUUUGCAGCCCAGUCCAGCACGGCAAGGCUAAUACUGAAAAUACGGCAAAGUGCAGCCAGGAUGCGAGAGUGAACAGGGUGCAGCGGGUAAAUGGCAGCAUAUUGUUGAAACAGUUUUGAUGUCAAAGAAGGAAAACAUGGGGCUGUAUCCUGCCUUGUCUUGGCUGGUUCCAAAUUACUGAAAGGCUGUUCCAAGCCUGAGCACCACCAUGGCUCAACACUCACCCAUGUAUUGCCUCUGGGACAGUUCACUUUAGCCCUGCAUCUUGAUUUCUUGUACAGGAGUUCUACAUCAUGAUUUCAUCUUCCUGUAUGGGUGGUAGGUGGAGUGAAAGAUCCACAGUGUUAUACUUCUAAACAUUUUGACUAUCCUAAGGCUUCUUAGGGUUGGGGGUUUUUCCAUUUCUUCAUAGUUAUUUCUACAAAGCAAGACAGUGCAUUUUAUUUUAAAUGCAAGGAUUUUAAAUUUCAAGGAUUAAAAAAUUAAAAACAGAUAAAAAAUAAAAAAUGUGGGGAAGAAGAACUGAGAAUUUUGAAAUAACUUUAAGAUAUUCAAAGUGACAGAAAGAGACUGAGAUUCUUUUUGCUUUCAUACUAACAGACUAGAUGUUAUCCUUUGAGUGACAUCAGUAAAUAUUUAGUGCAGGAGAUUCCCAAGGGAAUUGAUAAGUCUGCCAGACCUUAGGCACAGACCCUGUACUCCACUACUUUUCUGUAAAGCACCAUUCUUUUGCAUUAGCCACCUCUGUCAAAGUUGAAAGAUCGCAGUUCACAAAGAGUUCUGUCACAAAGGAUAAAUCCCCAGUCUGGGGACAGUAAAUCAUCUUUUUAAAGACAUGUGUGACAGCAGCAAAGCUUUCAGUUUUAGACCUUAAACAAAGAGAAGUCAUCUUGCAGUCUCAAUUGCUAGCAUAAAUUUAAUUUUAAAUCAAGUUUAAUUGUGCUGGGCACCACUACAAGUAGAAAACAUUUUUUUGUUUUUCUGUCUUUUGCUAUACAAAUGUGGUUUGCAUUUUAAAAAAUGUAUUAAGUGGUAGAAAUCAGAGAUAGAUAGGAAGAAGCCUAAUAAGUAAUUUUAUCCAUUUCCUUCGCCCCCGUAGAGAUGAAUGCUUUGUCUAGUCUGGUUUUAAAUAUCUAAAAUGAUGAGGCCUCCACCUCUUCCCACAAGGGACUUCUCAGCCAUUUAAUAGGCUUCUUUGUUAGGAAAUACUUGCCUCACACUGAUCCUAUCUUUUUUCUUCUGCAUAAUGUAGUCCCUUUCUUCUGUGCCCACUAUUUUAACUUUUAUGAAAUCUGGGAAAUGCAUCAUAUUUAUCCAUUUCAUACUGUAGCUGAAUAAUUCAUAAUCCUUGUUAUUCAAAUAACAAAAGAGAUAAGCAGCCAAUAGCUGAGCAGCUAAUACUUCACUGAGAUGCUGUACCAUGUACCAAUGGGUAUAUUUUGUGGCAAGUCCUGGCUGACACUGCUUUCUGCAUUACAAAGUGAAAAAUGUCAAAAAUGUCAAGUGAAACUGAAGAAAUGCAUCUUCCCAAGUGCAUGCAUGGCAAUAUUACUGAAAUUUCAAGAGGUGCUGAGGCAAACAGCCUACUUCUUUGGAUAGAGCUUUUCUUUCUAUAAGUGGGUGAUUUUAUUAAAAGUAUGCUUUCAAAAAGCAUUUGAAUUUUCUAUUCAUAAGCAAACCUCUAGAUGAGAACCACACUAUGUCAAAACUCUUUAACUUGUUGAGAGACAAGGCUGGAUUGAUUGCCACUCACUGCUAAGCAGUUUUUGCUGACAGCUUAGCUCAGAAGAAAAAUUUAAUCCAGCGUUAUAGAGUUUGAAAAGAUGCCUUUGCAACUGUGACACUGGAAUCAGAUCUGUGCAUGAAAAAAUGACUCAUGUUUUGACAACAGUAACUGCAUUUCUGAUUUAAUUACAACAUAUUAGAUAAUCCUCUACCUCACUCAAAGGGCAAAAAGAAGCAGUGUGACUAAGGAAAUCCUAGGUGGACAGCCAGAUUUUAUGUGAUUUUGCAUUCUUUAAAAAGGCAGCGUUAUGCUUUAUGUUGACCCUAGGCCAGGUGGGAGGUCUGCUAGGUCUCUCUAACCUCAGAGCUGUAGUGGAUGCACAUAAAAAAAGGUGUAUCAACAGCCCACAUGGAUGUAGAGCUCCUCAUAUACCUGCUAAUAUAUGGCAAUCCACAGCUGGAGAUCUCUUGAGAUGGAGGUUGCGUCUGUGGGUUUGAUUCUUGCCUAUGGACUUCUCUGGAUUCUUUUAAAUGUUGUGUUUAACCCACUUAUAGUCUUGGCACCUAUAAAUUCUCACAGUAUAGGGUCUCACAAUUUAAUUCUGUGUUUGGUGGAAAAGGUCUGCUUGUCUUAAAAACCCCUGAGGUACUUGUUACAUCUGCCCUACUUAUUCCAAUAAGGAAAGCAGUUCUGAGGUAUGAUGGCAUAUUGUUUCCUCUACACUCCUCAGAACUUCAUCUAUCCUUGGAGAUGUUAACAUCAGGGUUUUAUCCCUUAUACUUCUCCUCUUCUGCCUUUUGUCCAAGCUGAACAUCCUAGUCUAUUUGAUCUCUCCUUGGGCAGCAGGCUUUCCAUGCUCACCACCAGCCACUGCACUUGCCUGAACCUUUUCUAUGGUUUGUUUUUUGGUGGUUUUUUUUUUUUUGUUGUUGUUUGUUUGUUUUUUUUUUUUUUUACUUUGAGGUGGGAUGAAGCAUUUAGAAAUAGAUUCUCAUUAGUGCCAUUUGUUGAUAAGCCAUGUGAUCACAUAAGACAUCUGUACUCCUACAGCCAUGGAAAUUACUUUGUCAUUUUUAUUGGUCCUGACAGCACAUCUGAGGUGUUACACUUGAUUAUUGCUAGUUUAUGUGUUAUACGGAUGUGCAUUGAUAAACUCACUAACAUGCGAGUUUAUCCAGUGCAUUCUAACAUCCCUGUUUAAAUUGUUUGGUUCACAUGGAUGCAGGAGACAGUAGAUUUCAGAGAAUAUUUAAUUUAAUCUUGGCAUAGACUGUAUGGAUUUUAGCUCUAUUGAGCAUGUGGCCUGACAUUGCUGGACUGAGCAGCCACUCACCAUCUCUCUCUGCCAUAGUGAUGGCAUCUACCUCAUCCACUUGCUGCAGCCAUCCCAAACUACAGCCUAGAGCCAUUUUUAUUGCAAGAAUAUAUUUUUCUUUUAAACACCUUUUACUGAAUCUUUUUAUUUCCUUAAGACCCUGUGGCUUUUUUCAUGCCCUUCUUUCUUCAUUCCAAGAAGAGGAGGUGCUCUCAGAUAAAAUUAUUAAUAAUGAUGCUGGGUAGACAGUAAGCCCAUUACACUGGGUUCUUCAUAUUGCCUAGCAGGGCAAAGGUUUGGGGCCUCUUCCUUCAGAUGUCCUACCAGAUAUAAGCAGGGACCUCAGCAUUUUGCUGUCCUGGGCCUCACAGAAGGCUCUUUGCAGUCCCUGGAGGUCUUCAUGCUGAUGCUCUUUACAUCAGUGUCCCAUCUUUUAGUUAGAAAAACUGAGUGACUCUAAGGAAACAUUAUUAUUGCAAUAAAACUAGAGAGAGAUUAUUUUCUUUCAGUGAAGAAUGAAAUCAUGAAGCUGAAACUUUCUGGGGCACUUCCAUGGUCAGCUGCAAAUAUCUAAUGACUUUUUUGUUUGUUUUAGUAACUAAACACAAUAAUAAAACCAGGUCAGUGAGGCUGCAUGAAUCAUGCAGAUAGUUAAUGUAGUUUCACAAGUAGGUGCUGAAAAUGUGUGGGGGAAAAGGGAUUAAAAAAAAAAAGAAAAUGGAGGAAAAGACUUGAUGACAUAAUAGGGCUUGGGUGGAAAGGGCAAACAGCUGUUGAUCUUCUACAAGAGAUUGCAGAAAUAAUGCACAAAGACAGGUAGAAUGUGAAGAAUGUGUGUGUACACUCCAGUGUAUUAUGGACAUAUUGUAGAGUAAAAUUCUCAAUCCAACAAACUUGAAAAAAGGAAGUUUUAAUCAUACAUUACUUUACUUUUUACUUUGUCACAAAAAAUCCAUAGGUUUUAAGUUCCAGAUCAAGUUGAGGCUUACCAAAUGUAACAUGAGUUUUACGAGAGGAGUUGGCUGCUGUAACUGCCUUCUAUAACUGUCUUUUUUAGAUUUAUGUCAUAGUGUGGGAACUUCUUUUUGUUUCUGUUUAUUUCAUGAGUAGAAUAAUAAAAUCUGCCACAGUCUUGCAGACAAGGAAACUAUGACAUGGAAGCAAACGACAAAAAUAUAACCAUUUCUAUCUGAAAUAAUGAAGUACUAAUGUAAUAGCAAUUGUUUCACUCAAUAAAACUAAUUUUUCAGUAAA